UAAUUAUGAAUAAAGUAAUAGAUGCCCAGUAACACGAAGCAUUAAUCAGAAAACUAAAUUCCUAAUUAAGAGAUUUAAAGUUCAUAAUUAAACUUUUUUUUUCCAUUUCCCUCUAUCUCUAAACCCUAAUAGAACCCCCACCCUGAACCACUUCAUGUGCUAUUAAAUCUAUAUCUUAGAACACUAAAACGCGGACAAACCCAUAUGCCGAAUCUCGCCUUCCUCCACUAUGUCCUCGGUAACCACGAAAAUUUCCUACAAGUCCUUCACCAGGUUUAUCGCGACACUAAAACUGACCCAACCAGUUUCCCCUUCUUGUUUUUGGUCUACCGCCGCUGAAACCCGAACUCAGAAGCUCGAACGCGUAGCCGACGAACUUCUAGACCUCACAAAGCUUGAACGAUAUGACUACUCAAUCUUGUUCCGUCACAAGAUGGGUCUCAACCGAUAUGGCCCAGCUCUGUACGGGCCUAGCUCGCCCGGAGCGGCAGCCGCUGGAUCCGGCCCAGCUGAGGCCAAGGUCGCCGCGGAGAAGACGGUGUUUGAUGUAAAACUUGAGAAGUUCGACGCGUCUGCUAAGAUCAAGAUAAUAAAAGAGGUGAGAACGUUCACAGAUUUGGGUUUGAAAGAAGCUAAAGAUAUGGUGGAGAAGGUGCCUGUUGUUGUCAAGAAAGGAGUCACCAAAGAAGAGGCCGAUUCGAUUGUUCAGAAACUUAAAGAGCUGGGCGCUACCGUGGUAUUGGAAUGAAUUGUUUAUUUUUAGUUGAGUGUGAUUUUUGGUUUGAUGUAGAAUAAUCAUUGAUCGUCUUAAUGAUAUCAACCAAAAAAGAAAAAGAAAGAAAGAAAGAAAAGUGGAAAAUUACUUAUUUUCAGUAAUGGAAUUUUUUAUGCGCCCUUUAUAGUUUAUUUGAUACUUCAUUUAGGACUCUUUUAAUUUAUGGGAUACUUUGCAAUUUAAUUUAAUUUAGUAUUCUUUUA